GAAUCUAUGUGCUGAGUUUGGACAAAUCAAAGAAAAUGACUAGGGAAGACUGGAGAAAGAAGGAGCUGAAAAACAGAAAAAGGUUGUAGAGGACAGCUUCCUUUCUGAUCCAGUGGAGCUUCCUGGAAAUGGAUAAAUUUGUCAUUCGGAAACCUCUGGUUCACAACAGCCCUCAAAAGAAAGAUUCUGGAGAAAAGGUUUACAAGCAAGCCACUCUUGAAUCUCUGAAGAGAGUGGUGGUUGUUGAAGACAUAAAAAGAUGGAAAGGUGUGCUGGAGCUUCCAGGGCAACCCCAGGAAAACUUACUUGAAGCCUUAUGGGAAUUAAAGAAGAAACUACCCUCCAAGGACGUGUUAAAGUCAACCAAGAUAGGUCACACCGUGAACAAGAUGCGCAAACAUUCAGAUGGAGAGGUGGCCAGUCUUGCCAAUGAAGUUUAUACUGAAUGGAGAACAUUUAUUGAAAAGCAUUCAGACAAGCCCUCAAUUGUAGUCCGCAGUGACCCCCAAACUGAGGCCCUUAGGAAGAAUGCCCAGAAAUUAUUAUCUGAAGCCAUGGAGUUGGAGAUGGAUCACCCACUGGUUGAAAAUAUCGAGCGUGAAGCUUUUCAUCUCUGCUCCCGUCUCAUUAAUGGGCCGUAUCGGCGGACAGUGAGAGCCCUGGUCUUUACAUUAAAGCACCAAGCCGAAAUCCGAGCUCAGGUCAAGAGUGGCUCGCUACCAGUCAACACGCUGGUGCAGACUUACAAAAAGUGACCUUAGUAGUCGUCCACACCCCAGGGAGUGGCUCCCGGCCCACCGAGCCCCGGCGCUUUCCUCUUUUCAAAGGCCUCUUUGAAUUUGGGUGAGGGGGAGACCCAGUUGCCAUCAACCUUCUCCCAGUGCCAUUCCAUUCAGAAGGAGGGCACAAAGAACAACAGGGGAUGGGCCCAGGCAUCAUUAUCUGUAACAAGUGGCACUGUCUAAAGGCAUCAAUGGCGCACCAGGGUCCUCGGAGCGCCAUAUUUGUGAUCACAAAACUAGGCCAGGAGGGUGAUGGGGCUUAUUGUGGGCUUGCCAAGGAGGCCUCUCAACUCCUUUCUCCUGUUGGGCCAAUAGUGCUUCUCCCUCAUUCCCCCACCCUGCAGGUAACUGAAACUCAAUUACUAGCAGUGCUUGGUGACGUCCCCCAGAGUUUAGAUAGCCCUGGCGCCUCUCAGAACUCACCCAUCUGUCUUUCCUUUACUGUCCCCCAGGGGUAAGCCUGUAGGAGCCCACCGACUCCCCCUCUCCCGAUGGCACUUAUCUGAAUGUUUCAGCUCUCCCUCGAAGACCUUCAGUGUUGGGCUCUGAAGCCCCCAUGCUGGGGCUUCUAAUGAGGAUGUGGCCUUAAGCGGCCCAACCUCACAGUUUAUUUGAAUGCCUGGCUAUUAGGCAUGUAUAGAAGACGGAGAAGGAAAUUUCUCUCUAAACAAGUUGGUUGGGAAAAAUCUAUUUUAGCAACUGACGACUGGACUCCAGGAUGCCUUGAGUGAUUAUGUAAAUGCAAUUUGCUUUUUUAAGAGUAUAAUAAUAAACCAGGUGGUUUAAAAAUGCUGAAACAGUGACUUUUUCCUUGAAAAGCAUUUUGGGUUGAAAACGUACUGCCGUUUCACCUUCACGUUUGUUUUUAAUUCCUUGAGUGAAAAUCUUUCAAUAGCACUGAGGCUCGCAGAGAGAAUGUCAAGGCAUUACCCAGAGAUGUGCUUGCCAGUCAUUCUUUUUUUUAAUUAUUUUUAUAACCCCUUACCUUUUGUCCUA